UUGUUUGUCCCGCCAGUUGCUGAUAUUGGCCUUGCAGCGGCGCGCGAGAGCAUGAGUAGACGAGAGGGUCCCCGCGCACGCGCUAUUAUUGUUUUGACUGAAAAUGCCGUCGGUUUCGAAAACGGCGGCGAGCGCUUCUCCUCAAACCGAGAAACCAACCCACUAUUCAUAUUUGAAGGAGUUCAGGACCGAGCAGUGCCCACUGUUUUUGCAGCACAAAUGCACACAGCAUCGACCCUUUACGUGUUUCCACUGGCAUUUUCUAAAUCAGCGAAGACGGAGACCCAUACGAAGAAGAGAGGGGACUUUUAAUUACAGCCCAGAUGUCUAUUGCACGAAGUAUGAUGAAACAACAGGAAUAUGUCCCGAUGGAGACGAUUGCCCUUAUUUACACCGGACCACUGGUGACACCGAGCGCAAGUACCAUUUACGUUACUACAAGACUGGCACCUGCAUCCAUGAGACGGAUGCUCGUGGGCAUUGUGUGAAGAACGGCCUCCACUGCGCCUUCGCUCAUGGACCACACGACCUUCGGCCACCAGUUUAUGACAUAAGAGAGAUCCAGGCACAGGAAGCUCUGCAGAACGGCCAGUUGGGAUCUGGGGAGGGAAUUCCUGACCUGCAGCCGGGUGUGCUGGCCAGCCAGGCCAUGAUUGAGAAGACCCUGAAUGAGGACCCACGCUGGCAAGACACCAAUUUUGUUUUGGCCAACUAUAAAACCGAGCAGUGCACCAAGCCUCCACGUCUAUGCAGGCAGGGCUAUGCCUGUCCCCACUAUCACAACAGCAGAGAUAGGAGAAGAAAUCCCAGAAAGUUCAAAUACAGGUCGACGCCCUGCCCGAGUGUAAAGCAUGGCGAUGAAUGGGGCGAGCCCUCCAAGUGUGAGAGUGGGGACAGCUGCCAGUACUGCCACUCUCGCACCGAACAACAGUUCCACCCAGAGAUUUACAAAUCAACAAAAUGCAACGACAUGAGGCAAACUGGAUACUGUCCAAGGGGUCCAUUCUGUGCUUUUGCACAUGUGGAAAGAAUUCCUUCCACAGAGGAGACCAUGAGCACGUUGCUCACAGCAAUGCAGUCGGGUUCUCAGUCCAAGCUGGGCUCUCCACAGUAUCCAGAGUGUCCAGUCAGCGAGUGGAGCAGCAACACGCUUUCCAUCACCAGCAGCGGCAGUAACAACGGCCAGACAGGAAGCGUAUCAUGCACUAAUAGUCCAACUGUAACACCAGGCUCAGGGAGCAACAGUUCUUUGUCCCCAAUUGGACCCAUCAGCAGGCCAAAAUGCUUAACUAAUGGUAGCUUUUGUUCAGAGUCCACCACUUCCAGUGUUUCCUCUCUGACGUCUAACUAUGCCAAAGCUCCGGGUUUUGAACGAGACGAUCGGGCAAAGAACCAGAAGAGCCUGUCUGGGGAAAAUAAUCAAAAGUUAAUGGACCAAGACAAACAGGCUCAUGGCAAUGUGUUCUCAGUAGUGAACCCACUGGCGUCCAGCAUAACAUCAAGCAUCACGUCCAGCUUGGCCUCCAGUAUCGGAUCUGACAGUUCGUCACCCACCACUUUAUCAACCAUGAAUGCAAAAGCCACGCCUUUCUAUCCAGGCAGCAAUACUGUGGAGUCAGUAAUAGGAUCUGCACUUGACCUGAAUUUUAGCGACAUCAAUGUUGCCUCCCUUGACAAAGAGCUAGAGGACCAAGACAACAAUGGUCUCGGUUUAACAAGACAGAGGUUAUUAGGAGGCUCUGCUCCUGUCAAUAUUCCUGGCUCUCUGGCUCGGUCUUCCUCUCUGCAUUCCUCGUCAUCUCUCUCUGCCUCCCCGCUCAGCUCUCUGUCUCAAUCCCUGUCCCAGUCUCUCCUCACUGGAAUGGCCUCCCAGCAGAGCCAGCCACAGGCACCACCUGUUAAAACCGAGCACGGCCUUCUAGGAACACCCACGUCUAUGCAGAACUCCUUAGGUCUGAAUGGCGGAACAGGGGGAAUAUGGGACUUUAUGAGUGGCAGCUUCUCUCCCAGUCCGUCCCCAGUGUUCAGCAGCCUUACUUCCAGCACGGUUGGCUCCAGCAGUGCAGACAUCGGCCGGCUCCUCCGAGAACUAGAGGAAGCCAAGCGCAAGAUAAAGCAAUGGGAAGAGGCCUGGCACCAAGUCAAGCAGGCCUGCGAAGCGUGGCAGAAAGACGCUCAUGAAGCGAAGGAGCAAGCUAAAUCGGCAGAGGCGGAGCGGCAGCUGGCGGAGCAAAAGCGGGAGGACACCGAGCGCAAGCUGAAGGAACUGCAGGGAGACUUUGACGUUUUGUGUCGCUCCCCCAACACGCCCCUCCUGCGCAGCUACGGCGAGCUGGACCAGCUCCCCCUGCCAAAGCUCCGCUCCAUCCAGAGCCAGCUGCGCUCUGACCUAGACCUCAUUGACGGGGUAAUAUAUCAGCUUCAGUCAAAGAAAUGUAUAGUUUGCCAAAAGCAUGAUCGUUCCAUUGUCCUGCAGCCUUGCCAACAUUAUGUUCUUUGUCAGAACUGUGCGUCCGGUAAAAUGGAAUGUCCUUACUGUAAGAUGAAAAUAUUGAAGUGGUGAUGUACAGCUAUCCAAGGUACUAUUUAAUGAUUUAGCCCUUUGAAGAACUACUAAUACAUAUAAUAAUUAUUAUUAUUAUUAUGCUUACAAUUUCUAAAUAGCAUUUUUUUUGUGUGUUUCAGUAUUUCAUAUAGUGAUUUAAUUGGUUAGUUUUAUUAGAAUCUAAUAAAUGGUGUUUGACUGAUACAAAUCAAGUACUUAAAUGCAAUACCUGUUUUGUACAAGCUAGAUUAUCCAUUUUCAUAAAGCAUUAAAAAAAUUCCCCUUGGUUUUUGCUUUUGGCAUUUAUAGUCGGUUGGCCCUGAUUUGACUGUUAGCAACAAAAUCAUCGGCCUGACGCAAUUAUUGCUACUAGCUGUGUGAAGAGGAUUCAUUUCUUGUUAAAAGCACUUUGUUGACUUAGAAAUUUGUCUGAGGAUAUUUUUUUUCUUUUAGAAAAUUUGCUUUAAGCUGCUUUGUAGGUUUUUCAUUUCUUAGAUUCAAUUUUUUUCCCAAAUACGCUAACGUAUGAAGCUUUUGUGUGUACUGUGAAAAACAUAAUAGAAUAUUUCAUUUUUCUUAUUGUUAAAUCAUGGUAUAGUGUAUAUAUCUUGUUAGUUUUCAUAUAAAAUAGUACUAAAUAGUAGUUAUUAUUACUUUCAUUGUUACUUAAAUUUUUCAAUCAAAUAAGUGCAAACUUUGAAUGCGUUUUAGGCAUAACCAGCAGCUGUAAUAUCAGUAAGGCACAUACUGUAUGCUAAGGCAUUUAGUAAAUGGAUUUUUCCGUCUUAUAGUGACUAUUUAGAUAUACAUUAUGUACCGUAGUUGUUAGAUGAGCACAUGUGUUCUGAAGUCCUCAGCGACACAGGAUUUUUUAUUUAUUUUUUAUUUUUUCAGAUAUGUUAGAACAUAUAUCCGAUUCCUGGCCACUCCCUCUUAAGUGCCUUGCCUUAAAAACAGUUGAAGCAUCUGUGAAGAGUUUAGGAUUGUAGUAGAAAACCCAUAGCUUCUGCAAAGUAUGUAUUUUUUCAGUAGUACCGUAUUAUCGGAGCAUUUAGUGGCCCAAUUCAGUACUAAAGUAUUUCCGAGAGACUUCACCCUGGCCGGUGCCUGAGCUCUGAGGUUCAGCUGAAGAAUCGAUCUUUUCCUUCAUUAACGAUGGUGCUUUUUGGGUGCAGCUUCAUUAUCCUUAGAAAUGUUGAAUCGUCCUUGAUUUUAAUGUGUAUGGAUAUUCAAAUCAGGAAAUGCGUGUGUUUCUUUGAUUGCAAAAACGAAACUGGCUUAGUACAUUUCUGUUUAUUGAAAUGUGUAGAAUUGUAGUGCUUCUGUAGUGUUUACAGACCGAAAUCAUUGGUGUUUUUCGUAUCCAAAUUCGACAGUGUAAUGUGCUUAGGUAAUCUAAUUGAAAUGACCUGCUACUGUGUUAUCUAAAACUUUUUUCUUUUUCUUUUCUUUUUUUCUUGUUCCUUUCGUAUUUACAGCAAUGAGUUUGUGCGGUAAAUUGUCAGGUACGCAAAGGUGCAAGUUCUUUUUGUCUUUCGAAAUCGGGAUAAACCGUUUAUUUUAAAAGGGAUGGUUAUUGAGGAUCUAACUGUCCAGACCCUCGUAUUUUCUUUCAUCUUCACGAGGCGAAGACAGUGUGCGUGUGUAUAUAUAUAUAUAUAUAUAUAUGAUUUCUCUCUGCUUUCUUUCUUGCGUUCGUAUCUUAAUUCACGAGGUCUUGUAUGUAGCUGAUGUUCUUGACUGAUUUGUCACUGCAUGUGUCAGUGUGUAACUUUUGUUAACCAACUGAAGCUCUGAAUCACACUGCCAAAUGUGUUUGUGUUGAGCAGACGUGUCCAGAUGUUGGUCAGGCAUCACAGACGAGUAUUCGGAAAUAUUUUUGCGCAAUGCUUCAAAUGCAUUGACUUUGUGCUUCUCUUUUCUAGUCCGAUUAGCAAAGAUGUGUUCUUUUCCGUACGAUGGGCGACAUAGGUUAAAAUGGAUCAAAGCAGCUCGGGAAUAUGUUUCCAGCACUCGAGUGUUCAAGACUUUAUUGAGGGAUUGGUUCCAUCGUUUGGUUAUUUUUACCAUAACGUAGGGUUUUGUUGAACUAUAAAAUUGGGAUUUCACACGACAUUUAUUUGUGUGGUCAAAUCAAAUGUGGACUUUAUUUGAAUGAACCAAAGUGGUAUUGUAAUUCAUACUUGUUUCAAAGUUCAACUGAAGUGGUGUACAAUUACAAUGUCAGUUUUUCAAUGUUUCAUUUGACAGGACAACUAUGCCAACUGCUUUUGCUGACGAUAUUAAUGGACUGAAUGCCCAUUCUUGUAGUUUCUACCAAAGACCUUUACUAUUCUAUGUUCUCUCUUCGAUGUUAUAACUGCAUUUUCAUUUUAACAUUCUGAGGAAAUAGUUGACCAAAUCUAGUACCUUAUUUACAUGUGCAUUCAAAAAAAAAAAAAGAAAAAAGAAUCCUAAUGAAUCACAAUUCUUUAUCAGCUGAAUAUAAAGAUUGUGUUUUUUUUUCUUCAAUUUCUCAGUGAAAACUAUAACAUAGUAUUGAAUUGAAGGAAUGUCAUAGUAAUUAAUGAAUAUUUGUGUUAAUAUUCCUAAGUGGCCAUAUGGAUUAGUGCUUAUUUGAAGUAUAUAUGAUUUCUUUUUAUACUACUAGUACUUGUUUGUAAAAUUCUGAAAUCAGUUUUGAAACAUUAGUUGUUGUGCACUACUUGUAUGCUGUCAGGAAUUUAAAAGAGUACUCUGCCCUUAAGGUGCUUUCUUUAGUUUCCAUUUGACUGGUGUUUGUUUUUCUGUCUGUUUAGUUGGGAUCUGAAGAAUUUAGAUAUGAAAUAAGAAAUCUUCUAACUUUUUGUUUGGUUUUUUUAAACCUUGAAGUCUAUUAUUGUAUUGUCAGAUGUUGUCUACCUUGGCUGUGUAGAACAUAUUUGAUUGUGAUGUAAAAUGGGUCCCUUGUUCAUGUUAGUUGAAAUGGCUGAGACAGACAGCGGGUUAUAUUUCUGAAAACUGUUCAAGUAUCUACAUUUCCUAGCCUUAAACCUCACUUUUUGGCCUAGUUACGUUUGCAAUUUUUACAAUCAGUCAUUCUGCUUGAUAAUAUUGUUAAGUCUUGUAAGGAUCAACUCUCUCCGGAACAAAUUUGUGCCUUUAGUAAUAACACACUGAAAGUAUUUUUGACUGAACAAAUUUCAGUUUAGGAAAUGAGCCGAAUAUUAGUGCCUUGAGAUGUUUUAAUCUGUAUUUCUCAAUGCACAAGAGGCCCGUCUCACACUUUAUACAGACCGGUGUAUUAAAAUAAUAAUAAUGAAAAAACCUACUCUGCCAUGCCUUUGACCAUUUCAGUUUGAGUAAAAGUGAUUAUAAUUCUGAUAAACAAACAUGUGUUGGUGUUGAAAAGUCGGCAUGAUGAUGCAUGUAUACACAGUGUCAGAGUAACAGUUAAGAUGUUUUGCAAUUGUAUUCUUUACCAAUGGUGUGUUUGAAGCAGCAGCUCAUCUGAACAGUUCAUGACGUAUGACAGAAUUAGAGUGGAAUUGAUGUUAAACCAUUUUGAGUUUGAGCUUCCUAAUGAAUUUCUGUGUUAAUGGUUUGCUGAACAGUGAUUUUCUGUACCAAAGGGCAGAUAGUAAUUAUUUAGUUACGUAAAUCUAAACCACAGCAUGAUCUUACACACAAAAAGACCCCUGUCUGCAUCAGCCAUUUUAAUACCAACUGUAACCUUUAACAGAAAUGACCAUUUAAUGUUGAUGUGAGACCAGGCAUCUGUAAUUCAAGAAGCACCAAGGACUCUUUUGUUUAGCAAUGUGUAAAUUAAUGUAUUGGAAAUUUUACCAUAAUGCUCUGCAGUGGAAAUAAUCAUUGCUUUCUUUUUGCAUUCUUGUGGAUUUUUCUUGAAAUCAUUUCUUUGUUUUUCUCAUUUUGUUCAGUAGUGUGAUUUAUUGAACCUAAGGAUUUAUGCAAUCUUGUAUAUACAUAUUACAUAUGAAACUGGUUAAAUUUAGCAAACUAGCGAGGAAAAUACCUAUUAGAAUAGUACACUUUUGUAAGAGGCGCAAAAAAAAAAAAGAUUUUUGGAACUAUUGUUCCAUAUAAUUCAUGUUACGGUUAAUCGAACAUUAAAUCCCUGAUUAUUGAAUGUACCAUUCAAAUGACAUAUAAAAUGGGUCACUGAAAUAACAGAACAAUUCAUCUAUAAUGAUGUAGCACUAGUUUUGUGAAUUGCGAUAUAUUACGAAUAAAUUUAUACGUUAAACACGAUUGCAGUUUUCAAGUUUGUGUAUUUAUCCGAUGUAACAAUUUGAUGGAAAUAUGAGAUGUAUUUUUCUCAGGGUUUUACAGGAGAACUGUAGAAUAGAGAGAGAUGUCCAAUUUUCAAAGGAAACUGCAACUCACAGAUUUAUUAGCUCAGAAGUCAAAAUGAGGAAAUCAUUUAUAUUGUAAGGAAGAAACAUAUCCCUUAUUUUGGUACAGUAUGCAUCAAUAUAUAGAACGGCUUAUAUUCUAAUUAGUGUUGAAAUACUAUACAAUUUGCUGUCAGUAUAAUACUUUGUGUAUGUGUUGUCAACACAAGACCUUAAACCAUUUUACUGGGAGUUCUGUGUUUAAGUUAUGGAGGCUUCUUUAUGGAAAAGUUGUAUGUUUUGAUGGCCAGAGAGGUUUUUCAUCGCUAGAAUUACUUAAGAUGGUAUUAUUUAUAAUGCAUAAUCUUUCUCUUGUAGUGUAUCAUUUUAAAAUUGUUAACACUUGUCUACACUACAGCAGUUAUGCAAUGGUUUACAGAAUUCAUGGAAUUAUUUUUGUCAUCUUGGGAAUUAAAUAAUUUUUGAUCUUUAA